CGGCGACCGGCCGCGUGCCCUGACGUCACGCCACCGUGCCGCGCGAAGCCGUGUCGAGCGCGGGUCCGAGCGCGAGGAAUGCCGAGGGCGGGGGGAGUCCGGAAGGACACGCGUCCCUCGCGGUUCCUCGGGCGACCUUAGCUCAGAGUUGCUCAGUCCCGGGCGACGCUCCCACGCCCACGCCCUCGGCUGCCAGGGAGCGCGGCGACGCACGCGCGGUUGCCCACGGAGAUGUCGCACGCGGCGUCCGCUCCCCCGGACGGUCCGGCGACGGCGGAGAAGCCGAGCGCGGCGGACGGCGAGAGCCGCUUCGAGGAGAUCCCCCUGGAGACCCCCGUGGAGACCUCCGUGGAGAUCCGCGUGGGCGAGCCGCUCCACUGCGCGCGCCCGGCGGGCUUCCAGCACCGCAUGUCAGUGUACAGCGCGAGCCGCCCCUUCCCGGGUCGCGCGCACUUCCAAGGACGAGUGUAUAACUUUCUGGAAAGACCCACGGGCUGGAGAUGCUUCGUCUACCACUUCGCAGUGUUCCUCAUUGUUCUCGCCUGCCUCAUCCUCAGUGUCCUGUCCACCAUUGACCAGUACCAACCACUGGCCCACAGCGCACUCUUCUGGGUGGAAAUCGUGCUGGUCGUGUUCUUCGGGGUGGAGUACGUCGUUCGGCUGUGGUCGGCCGGCUGUCGGAGCAAGUAUGUGGGUUUCUGGGGACGACUGCGUUUCGCCCGCAAGCCCAUCUCCAUCAUCGACUUGAUUGUAGUGGUGGCCUCCAUCAUAGUCCUCUCUGUGGGAUCCAAAGGCCAAGUGUUUGCCACCUCGGCAGUCAGGGGGGUUCGUUUCCUGCAGAUCCUUCGAAUGCUGCACGUAGACCGCCAAGGAGGCACCUGGCGUCUGCUGGGCUCCGUGGUCUUCAUCCACCGACAGGAGCUCAUCACAACGCUGUACAUCGGCUUCCUGAGCCUCAUCUUCGCCUCCUACUUCGUGUACCUGGCUGAGAAGAAUGCCGUGGAUGGCAGCGGCAGGACCGAGUUUGGCAACUACGCCGAUGCUCUUUGGUGGGGCGUGGUGACCGUCACCACUAUUGGCUACGGCGAUAAGGUGCCCCAGACCUGGAUCGGCAAGACCAUCGCAUCCUGCUUCUCGGUGUUUGCCAUCUCCUUCUUCGCCUUGCCAGCCGGCAUCCUGGGCUCCGGCUUUGCCCUGAAGGUCCAACAGAAACAGAGGCAGAAGCAUUUCAAUCGCCAGAUCCCUGCUGCCGCGUGUCUCAUACAGACGUGCUGGAGGUGCUUUGCUCUCGAGAGCCCCGACUCUGCCACCUUCAAGUUGUUUGUGAAGAAGAGGCAGGCCACCCCCAGCCCCUCGCCGUUUUCGCCCAAGCCCAAGAAAACGGUGAGGAUGAGGAGGAAGCUUAAGAGUGAGAAGGACGAUGGACCCGACUCACCCGAUGUGCCAAGGAUGACCUUCGACUCCAUGCUGGACGACGCCGCUUCCGACGUGUACAACACCAUCCCGGGUCCACAGCGGACAUGGACGUCUGUCACCUCCUACCACUUCGGCUCUCCGGCACCAGGCUCCGCGAGGUUCCUGGAGGUCCAGUCUCCGGGGCCAAUCCAUCGCAACAGCUCUUUUGCCGAUGACCUAGAGCUGGAGGACGGCGUUCUCCCGCCCGUCACCCACGUGUCCCAGUUGCGGGACUCGCACCGGGCGGCGAUCCGUGUGCUUCAGCGGAUGCGGUACUUCGUGGCCAAGAAGAAGUUUCAGCAAGCUCGCAAGCCCUACGACGUGCGCGACGUGAUCGAGCAGUACUCCCAGGGACACCUCAACCUGAUGGUGCGCAUCAAGGAGCUGCAGAGGAGGCUGGACCAGUCCUUGGGGAAGCUCAGCCUCUUCCAGACCAGCUCAGAGCGGAGCAAGGACAAGGGGUCCAACAGCAUCGGCUCCAGACUCGCCAGGAUGGAGGAUAAGAUCACGCACAUGGAGCAGAGCCUCGGCCACAUCUCCCUGGCCUUGCAGCGCCUGUUGGCCGUGUCGAGAUCCGCGGGCGGCGUCCAGGGGGCGGGGCGAGGGAACGCAACCCCAGAACGCGCCGGAGCCUCACGCGCCGCCGAUUUCCACUCCAGCAGCAACAGCCUUCCCAGCUACGAGCAGCUGUCCAGCCAGGGGGCCCCCGGCUGACCUGUGCCGCGGCGCCCAGGCACGUUUCUAUCUUGGCGUGUGAGCCGAGCAGCGUUUGUCAUCUGACAGCCAGGUCUGUCCACAGUGCGCCAUCGAUCCACACACUGUCACGCAUGCAGCGAAAAAGAUGGGCCUUGUUACACUCUGGCAAAACGUAAAUGACCAUAAAGUGUAUAUGGAUGACGAAAAAAAUGUUUACCAUCGCUUCAUCUGCCUCCCCCGGGUCUAGUGA